UAUGUGCAGGAAGGGAAGCACGGCGUGCAGGGCUCGGCCACGCUGUUCUACAUGGUGCACUGCGGGAAGGCUCUGUACAACAACCUGCUCUGGAGGAACUGGUCUGUGAGGGAACUCUCCAAACUGGUCAUCAUCGGGAACAGCUUCCGAGGCAUCGAGGAACGGUUGCUGUCUAGAACACUGGAGAGAGAUUAUUCUUACAUAGCAAAGGUCUUGAAAGGGACAGAGGAAGUGGCACUCCCUGCCCACCCUCGGUACCUGGACACCUUUAACGACACUUCUGUCCACUGGUUUCCCUUGCAAAAACUGAAGGAACUCUCCCCUGAGGUCUGGGACUUCGUGGAGGAGCCCACGUACCAAGAAUGUGACGACUUGGAGAUCAUCAGGAAGGAGGACGGGGCUGACCAGCGCAGGCUCGUGGCCGCCCAGUCCUGA